GUGGCUAACGGCUGUGUGCCUGCCAGUAUCGUUGUUGUUUCUCUCGAUCGUGGGAUCACUUUUGUUUCUAGACGAUCAUGGCGUGCGGGGCCACUCUGAAGCGUCCGAUGGAGUUUGAGGUGCUGCUCAGUCCCCAAUCUCAAUCCCAGAAGCGGAGGCGUUGCACUCCUCUUCCUGGGAGUCCGGGCACCCCCUCUCCUCAGAAGUGCAAUACGAGGGUCGGAGAGACCCUUCAGCAGUCAGUGUCACCAUUUGGGGGAGAACAUCGGCUUACACCAGAACAGAUAUUCCAGAACCUAAAGCAGGAGUACACUCGCUAUCAAAGGAGGCGGCAAUUAGAGAAUUCAUUUAACCAGGGUGAGGGCAGCACUUCUGGUGAGGCACAGUCUCAGAGGGCACCAUUAACAGCACCAAGCUCUCCAGGCACAUCAUCUGUGAAAAAAGACCAGCCCAGCUUUACUUUGCGACAGGUUGGAGUACUUUGUGAACGCUUGCUUAAAGACCAUGAGGAAAAGAUACGGGAAGAGUAUGAACAAAUUUUAAAUACUAAACUUGCAGAACAAUAUGAAUUUUUUGUGAAGUUCACACAUGAUCAGAUAAUGCGACGAUAUGAUGCAUGUCCAGCAAGCUAUGUCUCCUGAAGCAUUUUGAAUUUUGUCUAGUUUUCACCUCAACUGGAUAGCUGCUGUACCUUGCAAAACUGUUUGGU